AUGAAGGCGACGCCUGCUGGUGUCAGCUAUGUCAUCGUCGCUCUUGUCUGUCUAUGCUGCACGUUAUGUUCUCUUUUAAGCUUGAAAAAUCAAGCAAAUGAAUGGGAGACCGAUUCGUCCGCGGACUUCCUCGAGGCAACUCACAGGGACCUCUUACAGCAGAAGAAACCCGCACCUGCACAAGUAUGCACGCAGACAGAAUACUUCUGCGGGGCUGGAGACGUGUUUCUGGGCAACUCACACAGCGCCCUCAACAAGGCUGGCAACUGCGUCUUCGACAAAGACCUUCAGCUGUGGGUGUGCGGGGACUAUGCAAUCACAGACAGCGCGUACCAGCUGCAUUUGGAGUACAACGCCACCUGUCAGCCGGCAUGCAUGGACAGCUCCAGCAGCCUCAGCCUGCCCACCCAGUACUACUGGGCGCCCUCUGACUGGGGCGCCUGUUCGGCGGCGUGCGACGGCGGCGUCCAGACUCGCACCGUCGCCUGCAUGAACUCCCUCGAUGGCUCGCAAGCGGGCAACGUGCUGUGCGAUGCAUCGGCCAAGCCGGGAAACCGGCGGCCGUGCAACGCGACCAGCUGCGCGGUAGCUGCGCGGCAGCUGCGCCUCAGCUUCACGCCCUGGGGCACCUGUGAGGCGGCGUGCGGCGAGGGCUACAAUGGCCGAUCCGCCAUCUGCGCCAACGCCGAUGGCAUCGCCGCAGACCCGACUGCCUGCCCCGGCUACAGCGGUGAGCAGCUGUCUGGCAGCUGCGCGGCAGCUUCCUGCAGCCGCCCGCACUGGCGCGCCGGCGGCUGGUCCCGGUGCAACGCCACCUGCGGCGGCGGCACGAUGACUCGCCCGGUCACAUGCGUCGACGCCAACGGGAACGCGGUCGCAGACCCGGCCGCUGCAUGCAAGGGGCUGGCGGCCCCGGCCGCCGCCGCAGCGUGCAACACCGCACCAUGCCUUGGCUACACCUGGCAGAUUGGGGCGUGGGGCAAUUGCAGCCUAGCGUGCGGCGGAGGAAUCAUGGAGAGGGCGGUCACAUGCGUGGAUGAGACAGGGCAGGCUGUUAAUGGGACAGAAUGCUCCGGAGUCCAGCCUGCCGACCAGCUGCAGUGCAACGUGCUUCCCUGCGACUUCUGCUCGCUUACUAACUGUGCCGGCCAGGGGGUGUGUAAGAAGGGGGUAUGCGUGUGCCAGCCGGGGUUUCGGGGGUCAUACUGCGAAAUACCCCCCUCCUGUUCAGGCAUCCUUGACCAGUCGGGCAACUGCUGCCCCACCGGCGUGGUGUCCCAGAACGGCACCUGCUGCUCCGCGGGGGCGUUACUUGACCGCCGCAGCCGCUGCUGCGAGAGCGGCCGGCUGGAUGCAUGCGGCGAGUGUGACGGGCCUGCACUGGAAGUGGACGUCCAGAACAGGUGCUGCGCGUCGGGAUUUCUGGACGCGGCGGGCUUCUGCUGCGAGAGCGGAUUAGUCGACGAGUGCGGCGUCUGCGACGGCGUUUCUGCCUCCUGUGCGCUGCACGCCGUCGUAGACGUGCAGGUGACGCAGGUGUCCAGCUACCUGACGCUGGGAAGCUACGCCUUCGCCGCGUCUAUUGAGGCGUUCCUGAGCGCCCUGCUGGCAAUUAACGCCAGCCACAUUGCAGUGAACGAACUCAUGCUCGCUCCGGGCGCCUUAAUCGGUCCCGGCACGCAGAGUGUGAUUCUGCGAGUGGACUUCUCUGCGACCCCCGCCAACUCCUUCUCGGCCGCAGCGGAUCUUCGGGCUGCCCUGGCGACUCGGGCGCUGCAGGAUGCUGAGGGCCAGGCAUCGGCGAACCAGCUGUUUGUGCUGCUCUCGGCGCCACUCGUUGCACGUCAAGCCAUCUGUGGCAACCAGGUCUGCGAGCCGGGCGAGCGAGCGCCAAUCGACGCCAACAACCUGGGGUGCCCUGGAGACUGCCCGUUCGCGCUUGUGGCCUGCCCAACUCCCAAAGAUAGUCCCCCCUGCGGCGGCCACGGUUUCUGCCUGAGCGCAAGCGGCGCCUGCCAGUGUUGGAUCGGCUACUCAGGGGACGACUGCAGCCAGUGUGCUGAGGGUUACAUCAGGUCGGGGCAGCUGUGCACUCGCUACGUGCGAGCGGAUCUGCCCCUGUUGAAUCUGUCGUCCAAGGCCGGCCUGGACAGCGUUCUGGGCAUAGGCAUCGCUCUGAUCACCAUAGCGUUAUUGUUAAUGUGCCUCAUGGCAAUCAUCCUCUUGCGCAUGCGCAAGAAGCAGCGCAAGAGAAAGCGGGACAGGAAGAGUGGGCUGGCCAGUCGCGAAUCCAGCGGGCAGAAUGUGUUUGUGGAGGCCUCGGGAGUGGCUCUAGGAGCAGCGGCACUCAAUACGGUGCAUUCUGAGGGCGCUACAGUGGCUACUAAGCGGCCCGGCAAAGCACCGGAGGGUACUUCCGCCGCCGCGGCGUCUCUGGCGGUGGCUCAAAGCGCCCACAGCGUGCGCCAGGUCAGCAACGCGUAUCCCCAUGUGCGGCCGGCUGUCACUCUCAAGCCAUCAGCCGCCGGCGCCAAAGACGGCAGUCCGGCCGGGCAGCAGGCCGGGCAGCGCAGCGGCGGUGGCGGCGGCGGCGGCCGGGGAAACUUCCGGGUGGAUGAGUCGGCGGCGGCAGGAGCGCCGUCGAACCGCGGGGACUUCACUCUCGAGGAGGCAAUCCGGUCGCGCCGCGGCGGCAGCGGCGACCGCGCGCUGACAUCACCGGGCCGGGAUGAGGGAAGUGGUGCUCCCAGUGGAGCCACGCUGAGUCCUGCAGGCUCCGGCAGCGCGCUUGCCAGCUGGCCGCUGCUGGGCAGCGCAAAAGCAAAAAACAACGCUGCGCUGGACGCAGCGCGCUCGCGCAGCGGCCGUCUGCUUUGA